UGACGGGUUCCGGUGUCGGGCGCAGACGUGUCGGCCGGGGCCGCGGAGCGAGGAGGUGCUGCCCGUGCUCGCUCGGAACAGCGCCCGGCCCGGGGCCGGCCCGCUGGCGCCAUGUCCGGGACCAGCAGCCCCGAAGCCGUGAAGAAGCUGCUGGAAAACAUGCAGGGAGACCUGCGGGGCCUGAGCCUGGAGUGCCGGAAGAAAUUCCCCCCUGUCAAGGAGGCUGCUGAAUCAGGAAUAAUAAAAGUGAAAACAAUAGCUGCACGGAACACUGAUAUUUUGGCAGCAUUGAAAGAGAACAGCUCAGAGGUAGUUCAGCCUUUUCUAAUGGGUUGUGGAACAAAGGAACCAAAGAUCACUCAGCUGUGUCUAGCAGCCAUACAGAGACUCAUGUCCCAUGAAGUUGUUUCAGAGGCUGCAGCAGGAAACAUUAUUAAUAUGCUUUGGCAACUGAUGGAAAAUAGUCUUGAAGAACUUAAAUUGCUUCAGACAGUUCUUGUACUUUUAACAACCAAUACAGUUGUGCAUGAUGAAGCACUAUCCAAGGCCAUUGUACUUUGUUUUCGACUGCACUUCACUAAAGAUAAUAUCACAAACAACACUGCGGCAGCCACGGUGCGGCAGGUCGUUACGGUGGUAUUUGAGAGGGUGGUCGCUGAAGAUGAACGAUACAAAGAUACUGUUGACCAGCCAGUUGCAGUUCAAGGAAACAGUAACAGAAGAUCUGUCAGUACACUCAAGCCAUGUGCUAAAGAUGCAUAUAUGCUUUUUCAGGAUCUUUGUCAGUUAGUUAAUGCUGAUGCUCCCUAUUGGCUCGUGGGUAUGACAGAAAUGACCCGAACAUUUGGCCUUGAACUUCUUGAGUCAGUCCUCAAUGACUUUCCUCAAGUCUUUCUACAACAUCAGGAAUUCAGUUUUCUUCUUAAAGAAAGGGUGUGCCCUCUUGUUAUAAAGCUCUUCUCCCCAAAUAUCAAAUUCAGGCAAGGUUCCAGCAUGUCAUCUUCCCCAGCACCAGUGGAAAAACCAUACUUUCCCAUCUGUAUGCGUUUGCUGAGAGUAGUUUCGGUUUUGAUUAAGCAGUUUUACAGUUUGCUGGUAACAGAAUGUGAAAUCUUCCUCUCACUGCUGGUUAAGUUUCUGGAUGCAGACAAACCACAGUGGCUAAGAGCUGUUGCAGUAGAAUCCAUUCACAGGCUUUGUGUGCAACCUCAGCUGCUACGGUCCUUUUGUCAGUCAUAUGAUAUGAAACAACAUUCCACUAAAGUUUUCCGUGAUAUUGUGAAUGCACUGGGGUCCUUCAUCCAGUCACUAUUUCUUGUACCAAACACAGGGAACACAUCGGUGACGCCAAGCCAAACUGGAAGCAAUGCAUCAGGGAAUACUGGCUCAGCACAAACUAAUCCGGGAGUACUCGGAAUGGGAGGAGGUGCAAGUGUAUUACCUGCCUUUGAGUACAGAGGGACUUGGAUACCUAUCCUGAAUGUAACAGUACAAGGCAGUGCUAAAGCUACAUAUUUGGAAAUGCUGGACAAAGUAGAGCCACCCACAAUUCCUGAAGGCUAUGCCAUGUCGGUGGCAUUUCACUGUUUACUGGAUCUUGUCCGUGGUAUCACUACCAUGAUUGAAGGAGAGUUGGGAGAGGCAGAAACAGUCGGUCAAACCACAACAGAGACAGCUUCGUUACCAGCACAGUCAUCUUCAGAGCAGCAAGACUUGCAGUCUGUAUCUGACCAAUCAGAGAAAGAACUGGUUAGCAGAGCUGUCUGGGAAGAAAUGGUGAAUGCUUGUUGGUGUGGUCUUCUGGCUGCUUUAUCCCUCCUGCUUGAUGCAAGCACUGAUGAAGCUGCCACUGAAAAUAUUCUAAAAGCAGAACUAACCAUGGCUGCACUUUGUGGAAAACUGGGUCUUGUAACAUCAAGAGAUGCCUUUAUCACUGCCAUUUGCAAAGGAUCCUUGCCUCCUCACUAUGCUCUUACUGUAUUAAACAGCACAACUGCAGCUUUGUCCAGCAAAUCGUAUUCCAUUCAGGGACAGAAUGUUCAAAUGAUCAGUCCCUCGAGUGAGUCUCAUCAGCAGGUUGUGGCAGUAGGGCAACCCUUAGCUCUUCAGCCACAGGGAACAGUAAUGCUGACUUCAAAAAAUAUCCAGUGUAUGAGGACGUUACUCAACUUAGCUCACUGCCAUGGAGCUGUUCUUGGUACAUCGUGGCAACUUGUCCUGGCUACUCUUCAGCAUCUUGUAUGGAUUCUAGGACUGAAGCCUGGUGUUGGAGGUGCAUUAAAACCUGGAAGAGCUGUAGAAGGACCCAGCACAGUUCUGACUACAGCAGUUAUGACUGAUCUGCCAGUUAUAUCCAGCAUACUCUCAAGGCUUUUUGAAAGCUCACAGUACCUUGACGAUGUGUCUUUACAUCAUUUAAUAAAUGCCCUUUGCUCCUUGUCUCUGGAAGCAAUGGAUAUGGCCUAUGGAAACAAUAAGGAACCAUCGCUUUUUGCUGUUGCUAAAUUACUGGAAACAGGACUAGUUAACAUGCACAGGAUUGAGAUUCUUUGGAGACCUCUGACCGGUCAUCUUCUGGAGGUCUGUCAGCAUCCAAACUCCAGAAUGAGAGAAUGGGGAGCAGAAGCUUUAACUUCUCUCAUUAAAGCAGGACUGACAUUCAGCCAUGAUCCUCCAUUAUCUCAAAAUCAGAGACUGCAUUUGCUUUUAUUGAAUCCACUAAAGGAACUGUCGAACAUUAGUCAUCCUGAUAUCAGGAUCAAGCAGUUGGAGUGUGUGCUACAGAUUUUGCAAAGCCAGGGUGACAGCUUAGGACCUGGUUGGCCAUUGGUGCUUGGAGUCAUGGGGGCAAUCCGAAGUGAUCAGGGAGAGUCCUUAAUACGGACUGCAUUCCAGUGUCUUCAGUUGGUUGUGACAGACUUUCUUCCAACGAUGCCAUGUACUUGUCUACAGAUAGUUGUUGAAGUUGCAGGAAGCUUUGGACUUCACAAUCAAGAGCUAAAUAUUAGCUUAACUUCAAUUGGUUUGUUGUGGAAUAUUUCAGAUUAUUUUUUCCAAAGAGGUGAAAUAAUUGAAAAGGAGCUAAACAAAGAAGAAGCAGUGUUGCAGAAACAGGCAGAAGAAAAGGGAGUGAUGUUGAAUAGACCUUUUCAUCCUGCACCACCAUUUGACUGUCUUUGGUUAUGCCUGUAUGCCAAACUUGGAGAACUGUGUGUGGAUCCCCGACCUGCAGUUAGAAAGAGUGCUGGGCAGACUUUGUUUUCUACUAUUGGUGCUCAUGGAACUUUAUUGCAACAUUCAACAUGGCACACAGUGAUAUGGAAGGUUUUAUUUCACCUGUUGGAUAGGGUUCGAGAAUCUUCCACCACAGCUGACAAAGAGAAGAUUGAAUCAGGAGGAGGAAACAUUCUCAUCCAUCAUUCAAGGGAUACAGCUGAGAAACAGUGGGCUGAGACAUGGGUAUUAACACUGGCUGGAGUUGCAAGAAUAUUUAACACCAGAAGAUACUUACUGCAGCCUUUAGGAGACUUUUCCCAAGCCUGGGAUGUUCUUCUUGAUCACAUCCAAUCAGCAGCACUCAGCAAAAAUAAUGAAGUUUCCUUGGCUGCUCUGAAAAGCUUCCAGGAGAUCUUGCAAAUUGUUUCCCCUGUCCGAGACUCGGAGAAGCCUGACACACCACCUGCUAUCAAUGUUUCUGUACCUGUGGUGGUAGGGACAACGACUGCCACUAGUCUUGGCAGAUCGUUCAUGAGAACUGACUCCAUAGGAGAAAGACUAGGAAGAUACAACGGAUCUGAACCACCUGUAGUAACAGAUGAGAUUGAAGAUUUGAAUCUUUGGUGGGCAGCCUGGAACAGCUGGUACAGGAUUGGUUCAGAAAGUACAAGGCCUCCAGUUACUUGUGAUAAACUGACUUUCAUUCCCAGCCAGCCGUUUCUUACAGCUUUAAUUCAAAUAUUCCCAGCUCUUUACCAACACAUCAAAACUGGCUUCAGCAUGGAUGAUCUCCAAAAGCUGGGUGUCAUUUUGCAUGGUGCUGUUUCAGUUCCAAUCAGUUCUGAUGCUUCCCCUUUCAUCCUUCCGUCAUACACUGAAGCAGUUUUGACAAGUUUACAGGAAGCAGUUCUUACAGCUUUAGAUGUUUUACAAAAGGCUAUAUGUGUGGGCUCAGAAAGUAUGCAGAUAAUGUAUCCUGCAAUCUUCGACCAGCUGUUGGCCUUUGUAGAAUUUUCCUGCAAGCCUCCACAGUAUGGGCAGCUGGAAACAAAGCACAUUGCAAAUGCAAAGUAUAAUCAGAUACAACUAUUUGCACCGGCGGAAUGGGUAGCAUUGAAUUAUGUACCAUUUGCUGAGAGAUCAUUGGAAGUUGUUGUGGACUUGUACCAAAAGACAGCUUGCCAUAAAGCUGUGGUAACAGAGAAGGUUCUUCAGAACAUUAUUAAGACGCUAAGGAUACCUCUUAGUCUGAAAUAUUCCUGUCCUUCUGAAAGCACAUGGAAGCUAGCUGUGUCCUCUCUUCUUAAAGUUCUUUCUAUUGGACUACCUGUUGCAAGGCAACAUGCAUCUUCUGGAAAAUUUGACAGUAUGUGGCCAGAGCUAGCAAAUACCUUUGAAGACUUUUUAUUCACCAAAAGUACACCUCCUGAUAAUCUCUCAAUUCAAGAAUUUCAGAAGAAUGAGAGUAUUGAUGUUGAGGUGGUGCAACUUAUCAGCACAGAGAUACUGCCAUAUGCUAAUUUUAUUCCUAAGGAAUUUGUUGGUCAGAUAAUGACUAUGCUCAAUAAAGGCUCAAUACAUUCUCAGUCAUCUUCCUUUACAGAAGCCGAAAUAGAUAUUCGAAUGAGAGAGGAGUUUUCUAAGGUGUGUUUUGAAACAUUGCUCCAGUUUUCGUUCAGUAAUAAAGUCACAACUCCUCAGGAAGGCUACAUUUCUAGAAUGGCACUUUCUGUGCUGUUGAAAAGAUCUCAGGAUGUUUUGCAUCGCUACAUAGAAGAUGAGAGAUUGAGUGGCAAAUGCCCCCUUCCACGGCAACAAGUAACAGAAAUCAUAUUUGUUUUAAAAGCUGUCAGUACUCUCAUAGAUUCACUUAAAAAAACUCAACCUGAAAAUGUUGAUGCUAACACAUGGGCACAGGUUAUUGCCUUGUACCCAACUUUAGUAGAAUGUAUCACCUGCUCAUCCUCGGAAGUGUGCUCUGCUCUGAAAGAAGCACUGGUUCCUUUUAAGGACUUCAUGCAUCCACCAGCAUCCAAGUUUGCCUUCUGAAUUGCCAGAUAUGCUCAUUCAUAUCUGAUCAUGUUGUUACUUUUUGCUUAAUUGAAUGUAUCUUGUCUGUGGCCACUGGACAUCUAAGAAAGGGUCAUAUGACAAAAGAAUGCACCAAGCAGUCAAUAGUCUGCUGUUCUCAAACUUCAAAGUAGUUGACCUGAAGUAAGUUUGAAUAUGCAGAAAUCCACUGUAGCACUUCAAUACUACCAUACCUCACUUCAUAAUAUAUUUGUUUCAAGAUGUUUGUUCUACUCAGCUCUAUCCAUUUUUAUAGUUGCAGCCUUGCUUUAAACAAACAAACAAACAAACAAACAAAAACAUAUUUGAGGUUUGUUAGCCUUUUUUGACCUUCUUGGCAGGUAUGACAGUCUUUGAGUCUUGACCCAAGAAAGGUGAUUUCAAAUAUCUGAAGUACUUAUUUUGGUCAAUAAUUUUAAGUGCUCUGUUUUGUAAUGUCUUUUCAAUCCAAAUGAAUUGUUCUGAUCUUUUAAUUAUAAACUGUGUCUGAUAUAAAACCAUGAGAAGUGUAUUUUUGAAGGUAGUUACUCCAGAAGUGCAGUAAAAGUUGUCAUUAAGUAAAUGUGAAUCAGUAUUGCUUGCACCUAAUACACAACUGAAACAAAACACUUUUAAUAGUAUAUUGUUUUUAAAGUUGCUGAGUUAGCACUGAAACUCUUACUGUUAAAUCAUUAUUCUUUCAAUAGUGUUUCACCUAUAUUCACAUAUUUUUAACCUGUGAUGUGAAAGCACAAAGGCCAGAUGUAAGGAAAAAAAAAAGAAGAAAAAAAAAAAAAAGACAGGUGCCUUUCUACGGAAUUCAGAAUUUCAGAGCUUACCUUUAGGUUUUUGUUCCUUAAAGUCUUUUGUAGAUAUUAAAAGAUAUCAUCGUGCAUAAGAAAUGGUAUUAUAUCUGUUUACUUUACACUUUCCUGGCUAAAGGGACAUUGGUGCAUAUGAACAGAUGUAGAAGUUGUAGGAGCUUCAAGUUGAAGGUGUGAUUAACUCAUCAGGGUUAGAAAUACCCUGCGUGAAUAAUGUGAUACAAGGGCAGCUUUGAACAAUUGGCUCCCAUGAGGCUCCAGUUUAUGGUCUUUUUAAAAAGCUUUCUGUUUCAAAGUGAAGUAAAUACUAAAGAGGCUUCAAGGUCUUGCACAUUUCUCUGUGACCAAAGUUGCACGGAACUUAAUCAUCAAGCGUGGAUAGUUUUUUGGGGACACACAGUUUACAUAAAGGAAACAAAUGCUUCCCAUUAAUAGAAUUUAUGUCAAAAUAGCUUGUUUGGAUGAGCAGUUCCAGUAUAAUGCAGAACUGGGUCCCAUAUACAGAUAACAACAUUAUCUGUACUCUGAAAGUGAAAACCUGGCAGCUGCUCUCCUAAUUAAUGGAAGAUAAGUCAAGGUCUCUGAGGUCGUUAAAGAAACA